UAGUGCAUGUCGCCUUUGUGCCCAGAGGAUGGUCUUUCUGUGAGACUCACACCGAGAGCAAGAGACAGAGAGGGAGACUUCUGUGCGGAUAUUUUAAACCAGCGCCCAGACUGAAGAUCUACUUUAAAUCACCAACCAAAGUUGUCCAAAAAAAAAGUGUACUCAGUGUAUUCGUACCUUCAUACCUCAAGACAUUCGACCUUCUUAAAACAUGAAGCUUGGCCACUUGCGUAACAACACGCCGACGUCUGACGCCACCCGUAGCUACACGUUCACCAGCAGUGAUGGGACUCAUUGGGUUGCAUGGAGAAGAUACGAUGGAACCUUCUACACCACCCAAGAACCAGAAGAGACGGUAGACCCGCUGUCCGAGGCUGUCAAGACCGGAGCCGUGGACACUCUGCUGGGCCUGAUGACGGCCAGAGGGGGCCUACGAGAACAGCCAAGCAUUCUGGGAUGUCUCCCAGUGCACUUGGCAGCCAUCCACGGCCAGGAGGAAUGCCUUGGCAUCUUGCUGACAGUCCUUCCUGAGGCCAUUAACCAUCGUGAUGAGCAGGAGAAGACUCCUCUCUUCCUUGCCGUGGAAAAUGACAGUGUAGCUUGUGUUGAAUAUCUACUGGAGAAAGGUGCCGACCCCAACAUUGGCAAUACAGACAGAGAAACGCCCCUGCAUAAAGCCUGUGAGCAUGACAACGUGGACGUGGUGUGUUCGCUGCUGCAGUACGGGGCGGAGCUGGACAGGGCUUGCAGGAGGGGCUGGACGCCGCUGCACGAGGCUGUGUGCCACAACAGCGUGGAGAUCUGCGAGACACUGCUGAGGGCCGGGGCCAGCCUCCACCGCAGGAACACCUACGGCAUCACGCCCUUCUUCCUGGCGGCGCAGGCCGGCUGCCCGGAGGCCUUGGCUCUACUCAUCAACAGAGGUGCAGAUGUGAACUUCCAAAUGAGUGAUGGAGCCACUGCCUUAUUCGAGGCCUCCAAGAACGGAUACGAAGAGGUGGUGAAGCUGCUUCUCACGCACAGAGCGGACGCCAACAGGCCGACCAAGACAAACCUCCUACCGAUCCACACGGCCACCCAGCAUGGCCAUAUUGAGAUAGUGAAGCUGCUGCUGCCGGUGACCAGUGCGGAGCGGGUCAGACGGAGCGGCAUCAGCCCCCUGCACCUGGCGGCCCAGUACAACGAGGACGACAUCCUGGAAGCUCUCAUCCAGGCAGGAUAUGACGUCAACGCCCUGCUCUCUCACGACCAGUCGCGCAUGUACCAGGACCGGAGGACCACAGCCCUGUACUUUGCAGUCAACAACAGCAAUGAGGACGCGGCUGAGCUGCUGCUUGAGGCGGGCGCCGACCCCAAUCUGGACAAGUUCAAUCCUCUACUAGUGGCUGUCAGACAGGGGAACGUCCAGAUGGCGCGGCUGCUCCUGGAGCAUGGGGCUGACGUGAACGCCGGGAUGCCCAACUGCCAGCUGGCGUUCCCCGCGGCGGUGCUGCUGUGCCUGCGCUACCCGGCCAUGCUGAAGCUGCUGCUGGACCACGGCUGCCACGCGCCGGCCUGCUUCCAGUGCCGGUACGGCGCCGACCCACACCCACACCCCCCGCCGCCUGCCACCACGCGGGCCGGCAAGGACGACCUUGGGCUGGACAGAGAGGAGCCCUGCGUGCAGUUCUGUGAGGCGGUCUCGGCCCCCUCGGUGGGCAGCUGGGCGGGUCCCAUCGUCAGCCUGCUGCUGGACUACGUGGGCCACGUGCCCCUCUGCUCCAGACUCACCCAGCUCCUACACGGCCACCCGGACUGGGCAUCACUCACACACCGCACCAAGUCUCCCCCGUCCCUGAAGCAGCUGUGUCGGCUGGGUAUCCGCCAGGAGACUGGGCUGCAGAGGCUGGGCGUCCUGGGCUCCCUGCCUCUCCCCAGCAGGCUUAUCAGAUACCUCCAAUAUAAUGAUGAAUGAGCCAGCGCCUCGCACACGCCCCACACAGGCCUGCCGACAAGGGGGGGGGGUUGUUGUCCCGGGCCCAGAAUUGGGUCCCUAUUACAUUGUGUGUAUUGGUUAUGGGGCCCUUUCAGAUGACGUGCAUGUGUGCGCGUGUGUGUAUGUGUCAGUGACAGGAUACAUAGAAGUGGGACAUAGUGUGUGUGUGUGUGUGCGUGCGUGUGUACGUGCCUGCGUGCGUGUGUGUGCGUGCAUGUAUGUGUUAUCUGACAGAGGGAAAUUCAGUGACAGUGUGUGUGUGUGUGUGUGUGUGUGUGUGUGUGUGUGUGUGUGUGUGUGUGUGUGUGUGUGUGUGUGUGCUUUUGUGUGUGUGUGCGUGUGCGUCCGUGCGUGUGUAUGUGUGUAAUCUGACUGAAGGAAAUUCAGUGACAGUAUAGAUAGAAGUGGGACAUAGUGUGUGUGUGUGUGCGUGCGUGCGUGCGUGCGUGCGUGCGUGAUUGCGUGCGUGCCUGCUUGUCUGUUUGUCUGCGUGUGAGUGUGCGUGCGUGCAUGUGUGUGCGUGCAUGUAUGUGUUAUCUGACAGAGGGAAAUUCAGUGACAGGAUAGAUAGUAUUCGGAUGUGUGUGUGCGUGUGCGUGUGCGUGUAGUCAGUGACAGGAUAGAUAGAAGUUGGACGUACUUGACUUAUGAUCUAGAGCUCAGCCCUUCCUUGGUGGGACUAGCUACAAACAAAUCUGCAAAUAUCCAUGUGCAUAAUGUUAAUAACUCUGUUAAUAACUUUGUCUAUAGUUUGUAAUGUAAUAUCUUUGAAAAGAUUGUGUGAGGCUCUGUCGUGGCCUUACGGUAGGGCACUGGGUUACUACGCCAGCCCUGGGUUCGAUUCUGGCCCGGGGUCAUUUGCCGGUCCUUCCCCAUCUCUCUCUCCCCACUCACUUCCUGUCUCUCCUCCACUGUCCUGUCAAAAAUAAAGGCAAAAAGGCCCUAAACUAUAUAUACAAAAGAACAGAUUGUGUAAUAUGUAUUAAUUGACUAAAUAAAUUGCUACAACAAGUUGUUGGUAUCCUCUCUCCUCUCUACUGACGUAACAUUACAAGCAAUAUGGCAGCUGUGUACAAUUUGUAAUGAUGUUUGUAAAUGUUUGUAUGAUUUGAAUUAUUUAAUUAUAAUAUCCAUUUGAACAAGGAUUCAAAGCACUGCUUUUGUAUGUGUGAGUUAUACAUGGUUAAUGUAUGUGUAAGGAUAUGUGUAAUGUCUGGUGUGUUAUGUCUUCUGUAUUUAUGUAUGUAUGUAUACUACUGGGCACCUUAAUUUCCCCCUGGGAUCAAUAAAUGAUACUCUACUCUACUCUA